UGUAAGUUGAGCAAGUUUGCGCUCUUUGAGGCCGUUUCGCGACCCGCUUUUGGGAAACCGUCGCACAGCUAUAGAGUUCAGCGAGUAACCAACUAUUGUUAGUCGCUGUUACCCUUGAUAGACGGCGUACCUGCUAUAUCAGACUAAUUGGAACUUAAUGUACCUAAAGUAUCUAUUCGAGUCUUGAGGUAAAGAAGACGCAAGAACGCGGGGAAGAAGGCAAGAGUACCUUGAUGGUCAUCCGGCACCUGCUAUUUUGUGUUUGUCAUCAUUAUCAUCGCCAAAGUGCUCUUCAUCUUUACAGCACGUCACUUUACCCUACUUUGCCUCCCCUUUUUUAUUACUUCUACUUAUCAACUGUCCACAAACUGAUCUACCCGCAACACGGUAGAAGGCAUACAAACUCUUCCAGAUCGUACUACCGGUCGCAGAUUCUUCUACUUACCACCAAACUAUUCUUCGUACUCUGCAAUAUUCUCUGUAGCUAGAACUCUCCUAGCAGAUAUCUACAGUAUCAGCACACAUCUCAAAAUGGCCGCAAAGACGUACUCCCUUCCCCCGCUCCCGUAUGGGUAUGACGCUUUGGAGCCCAGCAUCUCCAAGCAGAUCAUGGAACUGCAUCACACCAAGCACCACCAGACCUAUAUCACGAACCUGAACAAGGCCCUUGAGGUAGAGGCCAAGGCUCGGUCGGAAGGUAGAUUGCAGGAUGCUGCGGCCCAGCUGUCGGCCAUCAGUUUCAACGGUGGCGGUCACAUCAACCACUCGUUGUUCUGGGAAGGUCUAGCACCUUCCUCCUCUCCCGACUCGAAGCUUGAUGCCGCCCCCAAGCUCUCCGGUGCUAUCAAGAACACCUGGGGUAGCUUCGACAAGUUCAAAGAGGUUUUCGGAACCGCUCUGCUGGGCAUUCAGGGGAGCGGCUGGGGUUGGCUCGUCAAGGAAGCCGUCAGUGGUCAACUCCGCAUUGUGACUACCGCGAACCAGGAGGCGAUUGUCGUAGGCGACACUCCCCUCCUUGGCGUAGAUAUGUGGGAGCAUGCCUAUUAUCUUCAGUAUCAAACCGGGAAGGCGGCUUACGUCGAGAACAUCUGGAAGGUGAUCAAUUGGAAGACUGCCGAGACGCGAUACGCUGGAACCAGAGAUGACGUCUUCAAGGUUCUCAAGGCCAACAUGUAAGGGUAGAUAACUAGGUGACAGGAGUGCAGUAGAUAUCUGCCAUAGGCCGAUAGUUUAAGGAACCGAAUUUCGUUGGGAAGACAUGCUCUUUGACGUUGAGUAACGAUCGUUGCGUUUCCGAUUCAAUUAGGCGACGUGCCGACCACUUUCCCCUGUAAUCUUGUUAAUGACGUAGUUAAGCUCUUGAUAAAGUGGAAAAUAUGUGAAACUGCGUGGGAAAUUAUUAGUAAAUCACCUUGAACUUGGAAUUCGUUUUAAUAGCCUGAUUUUUGAAAUAAACGAACACCGGGCUGACG